AUGACUUAUUCUCCAUUAUCAUCGAAAAAUGUUCAAAACGGAACUAUUUUAUUUGUCGAUAACUUUGCUGCAGAAGCAAUUGCGUUGACAGGAGGAAUAAAAUCGGUAGUUCCAAAGGUUUAUUUAUCUAUUAUUUCUAUUGACAAACAUCCAAAAGAAAUUACAUCUUUAAUACAGCGUAUGACUGAAAUAGCACCAGGAGAACAUUUCGAAAUAUUUAUUGGCUCCUUAAUUUCUAAUUAUCGUACCCAAAUCACACAAAUAGCUUCAAUCGAAGAAUACGAUAUAACAAGAAUAUAUACAACAAAUAUUAACGAAACUGGCCAAUGUCUUCCAGAAAAAUUAAGAAAUAGAAUAGAAAUAAUCCCAGAUUUCUACGUUGAACUUGUUAAAAAUAUCUCUAUUUCAACUACGAUAAAGACAAAUAUCCUCGAACAAUUUGCUCAGUUUGAUGAAACUCAAGCUCCAAAUAUUAUUAACUUAAUUACAAGAUAUCUUAAAAAUAACGGCUCCCCACAGGUUAAAUGCUACAGUAUUGGCAAUUUUGCAGGCGAAAUUGCCGGAGAUUUCGAAAAGAAACGUCAGGGAAAUCCAAAUUCAGCUUUACUUGUUAUUGAUAGAUGUUACUACUCAGCACCAUUAUUUGCUGAUACAGAUUCCCUUUUAGAUACAUUUGCGAAGACUUCUCUCUUCCAAACAAUUUAUGAUAAAGAUUUAUUGAAUCUUGAACUGACAAAAGGUCCAAAAGAGCUCUUAACAUACAUCCAACAGCUUGUUGGAUCUAAGGAGCCAACCUAUGAUUCAAUUUGUGUUGCUUGGUCCAAACUUGAUGAUCCAAAGAAAAAUGAGAUCCAAUCGAAGCAUAAAAUCAUUGCUCAAGUAUUCGAAAACUUCAAAACAUCAAAUAAAAAGCAGUUACAAGAGAUGCUUUUCAAUGGAGAAGAAAUCGACGAUGUUUUGGACAGUGCUGCAUCGUUGAAAGAAUCUCUUGAUGUAAUUGGUGUUAAAAGAAUGUUUUCAACACAGUUAGACCUGGAAUCUCUCGUUCAAAAAGCUUUUAGCCAAAAUAGAUCUGAUGCAAAAAAUUUCUGUUCACCGCAAAAUGCCGUUUCCAUAUUGACAGAGUGCAGAUCCGGCUUUGAUAGAAAUUCUUCGCCAUCACUUAAGUCAAUUUUCACUUUAACAAAUUUAAUUAAAUCUUUAUAUAACAAUAAUGGAGAAGAUGAUCCAAGAAUCAAAUGUGCAGGAACAGGAAUGCUCAGCGGAUUCUUAAAUAGAACAAAACCUCCAACAAUCGGAAGUUUUAAUGAGAUAUUUGUUGUAAUUCUUGGUGGUUUGUCAUUCCAAGAAGUUUAUGAGCUUGGACAGCUUUUAAGUGCCUCAAACCAAAAGAAAAUCCAUAUCCUUACCGAUACAAUUUGUUCGACAAUUAAUAUUUUUAGUAAUAAGGAGCAGUAA